AUGGCUCUUUUGCACAAUGCUCUUUUGAUUCUCACGUUCUUGUUCAUUGCUGUGGAUGCCAAACACAAAAACAAGAUUCCUUUACAGAGAAUUCCCAUCUAUGGAGGAGUUGACCAAAAUGUUGCUGUUGAGGGUCUCAAUGCUGACAAGCCUGAUUUCGAAACAAAUUCCUUAGGGCAUUGGGAUUUGAUUUCUCGGGACUCUGGUGUAUCCGCCAUGCAAAUCAAUUUGAUGCCCACAAACAAGAUGAUUGUCUAUGAUGCCACCGUUUACCGAGUCUCUAGACUGAAAUAUCCACCAGGGGAACCAUGUGUUCCAUACAUAGAUGGCCAGACUCGACAAGAAAAACUUGAUUGUUUUGCUCAUUCAAUGGAAUAUGAUAUUGAGACAAAUCAAGUUAGGCCACUCAAGGUAGUAGCAGAUCCAUGGUGCUCAAGUGGAGGACUGGCACCUGAUGGCACCCUCGUGAGUUCCGGUGGUUUCCUCGUCGGAGCAAAAACGAUGAGAUACAUUGGUGGGCAUUGCCAAAACUGUGAUUGGAGGGAAUAUAACAAUACAUUGUUAGAGGAAAGAUGGUAUGGAACUCAAGCAAUUCUUCCCAAUGGAGAUUUUAUUGUGAUAGGAGGUCGCAAAUCUUUUAGCUAUGAGUUCAUUCCAAAGGAAGGUCAAGUUAGUGGGAAAAAUUACUUUUUUCCAUUUCUUUAUGAAACUUCAGACAUUGAUGAAAAUAAUCUUUACCCUUUUGUCCAUCUCUCAGUAGAUGGCAAUCUCUUUAUCUUUGCUAACAAUCGCUCUCUCCUCCUUAACCCUAACACCAACAAAGUGGUUCGAACCUUCCCUGUCUUACCUGGUGGUUCUAGAAACUACCCAGCUUCAGGCAUGUCUGCUCUCCUCCCUAUCAAACUUGAUGGCACCAAUGGCAAUGGUGCUACCAUCAAGGCAGAGGUCAUUGUAUGCGGUGGUAACACUUAUGAUGCUUUUAAUUUAGCUGAGACUAGAAAAGUGUUUGUGCCAGCUCUUCAAGAUUGCAAUAGGAUGAUCAUUACGGACCCUAACCCUACAUGGAACACUGAAAAGAUGCCUUCAAGGAGAACCAUGGGUGAUGUUCUUAUACUCCCUAAUGGACAACUCUUGUUCAUCAAUGGUGCACAAAAUGGCACAGCUGCAUGGUGGGAUGCUGAGGUACCUAAUUUCACUCCAGUGUUGUAUAGCCCAGAAAAGGCUAAGGGUCAAAGGUUUAGGGUGUUAAAGCCUUCUAUGAUAGCUAGAAUGUACCACUCAUCCUCAGCAGUGCUUCCUAGUGGCAAAAUAUGGGUUGCUGGUAGCAACACUCAUAAUACUUACAAAGACACGGAUAAGUUCCCAACUGAGACCAGGGUUGAAGCUUUUUCUCCUCCUUACCUGGACCAAAAUCUAGACAAGUAUCGACCCAAUAUUAUUGAGCAGUUUUCAAUGAAGAAAUUAAUAUAUGGUAGCAAAGUUGGGAUAGAAUUCUCAAUACAAGAUGGAGAUCAUGUGUUGACCAAGGAUGAUAUUAAGGUCACCAUGUAUUUUCCACCCUUCACUACUCAUGGGGUAUCUAUGAAUCAAAGGCUUGUAGUCCUUGAGACCAUGAGAAUUGUUCAAAAGUCCAAAGGAAUUUACAAGGUUAGAUCGAGAGCACCACCAUUUGGUGAGGUUGCUCCUCCAGGAUAUUACUUGCUCUUCGUUGUCCAUCAUGGGGUGCCUAGCAAGGGAAUGUGGGUGCACAUUGCGUAG